CGAUGGCAGUGCUUAAUCCCCUUUUUGCCCUUAAUUACCCCUCCUAUGUUUCAGCUAUUUCUAGAGCAUAUAUCUAGCACCUCCUUUCCUUCUUCUUCUUUCUUUGGAAUAUUCCACUUUUCCUCUUCUUCUCCAUUACACCACCCCCCCAAAAAAACCUUGCUCCUACAAAAAAACAAAAAGAAAAACAAAAACAAAAAAAAAAAGCAUAAUGGAUUUCGUAGCCAAACUCGCCGAAAAGUUCCUCGACAAAGACAAGUCCAGCGGCAGCCAAGAAGGCUACGGCAACCAGGGCGGAUACGAUGGAGGUAACCAGGGAGGAUAUGGUGGACAGCAACCCGGAGGCUAUGGCGGCGGCUAUCCUCAACCGCAACAACAUUCAGGCCCUCAAGUGCCUCCCCCAUGGGUCGCCCGGUGGGAUGGGGAGUCACAGCGAUGGUACUACGUGAACGAGCAGACCGGGGAGAGGACCUGGAACCACCCGGGUCAGGGCGAUGGCUACGGACAGCCGCAGCCUUCGUAUGGUGGCGGUGCGCCUUACGGUGGAGAGCAGUCGUAUGGCCAGCAACCUUCGUAUGGCUAUGGCGAGCCGCGCCAGGGAGAUCAUUAUCAGCAGCAGCAGGAGCCUAAGAAGGAUUACUCUGGGGCGAAAAUUGCAGGUGCUACAGUUUUGGGUCUUGCUGGUGGAGUGGCAGGAGCGUAUGCUGUGCAUGAAGCGCAUGAAAGCUGGGAAGAGAACAAGGAUGAGUUGAAACAGGAUGUCCAGGAUUUCCCUGAAAAUGCUGCGGAAUGGACCGGCGAAAAGGUUGGUGAAGCUGAAGCAGGUUGGGAUCGCGCCGAGGACCGAGUCGAACAAGGCUGGGAUAACGCCGUCGAUAAGGUUGAGGACUUCCCAGAAAAUGCUGCAGAGUGGACUGGCGAAAAGGUCGGGGCCGUGGAACGAUUCGGUGACGAUAUGCACGAUGCAUACGAGCGGGGAGAGGAUGAGGGCCGCGGUGACGAUUGGUAGUUCUGGAAACUGCAGUGUUUUCCUCGGUCGGUUCUUGCAGGGUUAGAUUUGGAAGAGAUCUUCUUUAUCUCGGAGUGGAUUGAUAUUAGUACAACUUGAAGACUGGUUCUGCUCAGAUCAUUGGACUAUUCCUCGUCGGAGGACAUGGCACUCCCUAAGUUGCUUUAUGUCCACUGCUCUAUGCAAACGUUAACAACCGUGGACUCAAACCAAGGCAGUAAGUACUCGUAUCCUCUAGGUAUGCACCGUAAGAUCAAGAGAAGGUAAACCGGAGAGAAACUUCCUCUUGACCAUACGCUUCCCCGCACGUGUCCGCCGGACCUCGGUUGCGGAGUGUGCCUCGAGCAUCUUUAUAAUUCAAAUAUGUGGUACUCGUCACAUCGCAGUCCAUCUUUUCUUUUACUUUUCUAUUAGAAGAACGUGCCGUUUGUGGACUUCAGAUCCAAGGG